AUGGCUACACUCAACUAUCUAGCCAAGGUUCUCAAGCAGGUUAAGGUAUCGGACUCGUGUCAAAAAAUGCCGAUUUCAGACGAGCAAUAUAGUUCUGGCUUCGAUAUCUUGCUGCGAGGCUCUGAAUGGGGGACAUACAGAGAGUUCAUCAUCCCACAUCUAUCAAUCGUCAUCACGUCUCUUCUAAGCUCGCGUGACCGUAUCGCAGUACUAGAAAUAGGUCCUGGUCCGAUAAGCGUGCUAGGGGACCUACCGGGUCACCUACGAGAAAAGGUUGGGAAGUAUGCCGCAUUUGAGCCUAACCACUUGUUUGCAGCAAGUAUAAAAAGCUGGUUAAACCCUACUUCUGAGUUAGGUUCACCACUUCCAAGCCUGCAGAGCCUGCCCGAAAUCCAUAGAAUGUCGUUCUCUCUUCACAGCGAGAGAGCCAGUACCGGCGCCUGUGGAAAACACCUCCACGAGAAGUUCGAUGUCAUAAUCUUCUGCCAUAGCAUGUACGGUAUGGAGCCAAAAACAGGAAUAAUUGAGCAGGCCGUCGAAAUGCUCGUCGAAAAGCCUUCAAGCGGUCUAGUGAUUGUCUUCCAUCGUGACGGUCUGCGUCUCCAUGGACUAGCGUGCCACCAAACGGCCACUUUCCCAUCAGGAACAGUAUGUGUGACAGACAAUGAUCAAGUACUGGAUUGUUUCGCUUCUUUCGUUACAGGUUUCACUGUAGAUGAGAAAGAGCGAUUGACUGUUCAGGACUAUUGGCGAAGAGUGCCAUCAUUGUUUCAGGGGGAAAAUGUGGUUAAAAAUCGUGAAGCUAGCUCCCACCAGCCCGCCUCAGUCGUGAGACCGAAGAGCAUUCGAGAAGUUCAGCUGUGUGUACGAUGGGCAAUCGAUCAUCAAUUGGCCCUGACUAUUAUCGGUGGCGGCCAUAGUGGUCACUGUCAAUGGCCAAAUGUCGUUGCGAUUGAUAUGAGUGCUUUUGAUCAGAUGCAGAUUGUUGCGACCGGAGAAGGAGAAACGGGAUGUAACCCCAACUCUGGCCCUUUGAUGAUCGUGGGAGCUGGCUGCAAGUCAGGUGAAAUUGUCCGUGAAACUAUGAAAGCCGGUAUCACAGUACCUUUGGGAUCACGUCCGAGUGUUGGUGCGGGACUGUGGCUACAAGGAGGAAUUGGACAUCUGUCAAGGCUCUAUGGACUCGCCUGCCAUGUGCCGAGCCAAUACAGACCAGCCGACGCGGUGAUGUCGGAAAACGAAGAUGAUCUGCUGUGGGCCAUCAAAGGCGCCGGGACCAAUUUUGGCAUCAUAAUCAGCGUUACUUUCAGGACAUUCGAGGCGCCAAUAUAUUGCACUCGAAACUGGGUUCUUCCGAUGAAAGAUGCAAGCGAAUCAAGACACUGGCUUAGUGUUGUUGAUCGUUUAGCUAGGAAUUUGCCACACAUAUGUUCUGUUGACGCCUACUUGUACGGCGAAGCUGAUCAAAUUCAACUUGGCGUUACUAUGUUCGAGUGUGUCACGAAUGAGAUCACCUCAGUAUCACCUUUAUCCGCCCAUAUAAGCACAGUCUUAGGUCCAGAGAACAGUUGCAAUACAGUAGACAGUGUUGAGCUCUUCGAGGCUGAAAUGUACAUGUCCAAGAUGCACGGCGGGCACGGUGGGGGUAAGACAUCCUCAUUUAAGCGGUGUGCAUUUUUGAAGAACAUCGACAAGACCGUCGCCGAGACUUUGUUAAAAGUCAUUGAGGCUCGUCCUACGCCCUUAUGUUACCUCCAUCUCUUGCAUGGCGGUGCUGCAGUCCAGGGAGUACCGGCUAAUGCCACUGCCUUUGGCUGUAGGGACUGGAACUUCGCAUGUGUGAUUACUGGCGUCUGGCCUCGCGAAGAGGAUCAUACUGAGCCCGCACAAGCUGCCGUGGCAUGGGUAUACAGGGCUAUGAAGAGACUCAUGCCACUUAGCUGCGGGGUAUACAGUGCUGAUCUUGGGCCUGACCCGCGAGAUAAAAUGCUAGCAGCCACGGCUUUUGGGCAAAAUGGAUCGGAGCUGGCUCGCCUCAAACAAAAAUUGGAUCCGCACAAUGUACUUGCCUAUGCUUGCCCGCAUCGGGAAGCGCAAAUAGCACCAAAGCUCAUCAUUCUCGUCACGGGCGAAAGCGGCGCUGGCAAGGACUAUUGCGCCGAUGUCUGGGCUUCCUUAUUAGACUCAUGCACCCAGCAAAAUCUCACAGUGCGGAAGGUGAGCAUUAGCGAUGCGACCAAGCGAGAGUAUGCCAUGGCUACCGGUGCCGACUUUGAUCGUCUCCAUCGGGACCGGGAAUACAAAGAGCAGCACAGACCGGAAUUGACUAGAUUCUUCAAAGACCAAGUGCGGCAUCGACCUCAGCUGCCAGAAGAGCACUUUUCCGAAGCGGUUAAUAGUGCAGCAGAUGUGCAUGUUUUGCUCAUCACAGGUAUGAGAGACGAAGCACCUGUUUCUGCCUUCUCGCACUUGGUGCCAGCGAGCCGGCUGAUUGAUAUUCGUGUACGAGCUGAUGAAAGAAUACGCCGGAUUCGCCGAGGCUGCUGCGACUGUAGUUCUGGCUAUAAUGGAACUUGUGCGGUUGAUGGGGAGGAUGAGUCAAGUAUGGAGCCGGCAAAUUAUUGUCCCAGCUUUCUUUUCGACAAUGACAAGGCAGGGAGCGUUGCGGUGGAGAAAUUCGCCAGAACACAUUUGUUACCUUUCUUUGACGAUGGGUUUCAGCGACUAGCUGACAUGGUGCGACCGGUCUCCAACUUUCCACGCUUAGGUGUCGACUUCCGUCAUGUACUCAACAUAUGUCAACAGCAGGGCGGCCUAGUCUUGUGUUCGUCUGUCAUGCGAAUCCAAUUCAUCGGCGAUUGGAACGCCAUCCACAGUGUUGUAUGCUGCGAGGUUGGCGGCUUUGUCUUCGCGUCGGCAUUAGCCACGCACGUCGAUAGACCGUUGGCGCUAAUUCGAAAAGCCGGCAAGCUUCCGCCACCAACUGUUUCCGUGCUCAAAUCCACAUCUCAUAUCUCUUCCUCGGUGUCCAGCCAGUUGGAGGACACUUGGAUUGAGAUGGACCGAGAUCUGAUUCGCAGAGACGUUUCAGUCGUGGUAGUGGAUGACGUACUUGCCACAGGUAAGACGCUCUGUGCUGUUCUACAGCUUUUAGAGAAGGCCAAUGUCAGCGUGAAGGAUAUAAGCAUCAUGGUCGUGGCCGAAUUUCCCAUCCAUCGCGGCCGAGAACUACUACGCCAACAUGGCUAUGGCGGAAUCCGAAUCCAAAGUCUGCUGGUCUUUGAGGGUGCCUGA